AUGGGACUAUCAAGUUUGAGAAGAGCUUACCUAUUUCUGUAUAAUCUGCUCCAGUCCCUGGGCUUCUUGUGGAUUUUUAGCUACAUGACCAUUCAACUCAUACUGUUUGGACAAGAUGCCCUGUAUAGUGCAUUUAGCUCCUGCGCUACAGUGCUGUAUAACUGUCAGAUUCUGUCAGUAGUGGAGGUCAUUAAUCCUAUGCUGGGUUUGAUCAGGACUCCAGUGUUCCCUGUCAUGAUACAGGUUGUAGGGAGGAAUUUUAUGCUGUUUGUUAUCUUUGGGAGCCUGCCAGAGAUACAAAACCAAGCUAUAGUUUUCUUCGUCUUCUAUCUGUGGAGUGCCAUGGAGAUCUUCAGGUACCCCUUUUACAUGCUGGCAUGUGUUGGCAUAGAAUGGAAAGCACUGUCCUGGUGCAGGUACACUGUGUGGAUGCUCCUGUACCCACUGGGCACAAUAGCAGAGGCUGUUGCUGUGCUGCACUCAUUGCCUGUCUUCGAUGAGACGCGCCUGUUCAGCAUCCCUCUCCCCAAAACUCUGGGCCUGUCCAUCAGCUUCUCCUUCACCCUCCGACUUUACCUUGGUCUUCUCCUCUUUGGUCUUUUUACACACAUAUGGCACCUGAUAAGACAGAGGAGAAGACAUUUACGAACUGACAGAAGGAAAGACUCCUAA